AUGGCGAUCAGCAAGAAGAUGAAGACGACGAUAGAUCCGGCGGCUGCGUCUCCAUCAACAGCAGCAACAGUCAUCCUGCCGGAGGAGCUCAUCUGGGAGGUGCUCCUGCGGCUGCCGGCCAAGUCCCUGGCGCGGUUCCGCUGCGUUUGCCGGUGCUGGAACCACCUCCUCCGGUCGGACUCGGACGCCGCCUUCCAGCGGCUCUACAGCGACAGGCAAGCGUCCAUGGCGAUGGCGUCCGCCGGCCUAGUGUUCGCCGCUGCCCGGUUGGCGCCGCCACAUCCCCACGAGUUACACGGCGGCUUGACCAUCAUGCCCUGCCCCGGCUGCCCCAGGUUCGUCGGCGGCAAGCCGUGCCACCGUGGCCUGGCCCUCCUCAGCCGGCCGUGCACGGGCUACACGCUCUGCAACGUGUCCACGGGCGGCCUCCUGCGCCUCCCGCCGUGCCCCACCGUGGGCUGCUUCAUCUCCACCGCCGGCGUCGGCUACCUCGCGGCCACCGACGAGUACAAGGUCGUGCAGCUUGCCGUGGCGUUGGACCGCCCGCUGACGGAGAGCUUGGAGUUGGACUGCCAGGUGCUCACGGUGGGUGCGGCCAACGGCGGUGGCGUCCGUGGUGGCUGGAGGUCCGUCGCCAUCGACCUCCACGGUAAAACAAGUAACAUCCUUAUCGAAAUCGAAUGCAUGGACCCUGUUUUCGCCAACGGUUGCCUUCACUGGACGCUGGACACGGGCAUGCUGCUGCUCCGAGACGGCGGCGGCGGCGGCAAGCGGCCGGAAGGCAUCCUCUCCUUCAACCUCGCCACCGAGUCGUUCGCGACGGUGCCAGUGCCGCCAUUCUUGGCAUCGGACCUUGUUCCUUACGACAAUGACCUCCCACACGCAAGCCGUCUCCGCAUGGCCACCACCACGUCGGGGGACUACCGGCUAGCAGAAGCCGUCAUGCAACCCAUUGGCACAGCGCUCGCCGAGCUUGACGGGUGCCUGUGCAUGAUCCGGGACCUUCGCCGCCGCCGCGACGUGGCCGCCAUGUUCGAGGUCUGGAAGCUCAAGGACUACGAGUCUGGAGUCUGGUCGUUGGACUAUCGUAUCCACGAGGAUCUCCUCGCUGCGCCCUCGUCGUCUCAGCUGACGAAGAAGCUGAUGGAACCAUGGCUGGUGAUCCCAAUUUGCUAUCUACCUUCUGACGACGACGACAGCAGCAGGACGAAGAAGAAGAAGAAGAUCCUACUGGCAACCACGGCACACGAGGUGCACAUCUACGACCAGCAGACCGCCACGCUUGAGACGAUUGCAACGGCGGCACAUUACCCGGACCCGACAAACCAUGAUAACGAUCUCUACUUGGUUAUGUAUCAGGAGAGCCUCCUUCACAUCGACGGCAUGGAAUAUAGUAUGGUGGUGCACAACAGGGAUCACUGAA